AUGGCCGAUACUGCUGAAAGAGUCCCGUCGGCAGGGCGCUCGUUCGGAGGCCUGUAUCGACGUGCGUUGACACCAUCUUGGCUGCAAUGGGACUCUAGCGCGAACCAUGACCUCACCUGGACUCAAAACAUCAUCUUUGGCUGUGUUGCAGCCUUUAGUGUCGCCAACCUUUACUACACCCACCCCAUUCUCAAUGUCUUGGCAGACGACUUUGGUGUCUCAGACGAGCGUUCGUCGCUUGUACCGACCAUUAUGCAGGCCGGCUAUGCGGGGGGUCUGCUCUUUGUCAUUCCCAUUGGCGACAUCAUUCGUCGUCGGCCAAUGAUCAUAGGACUGAUCUUUUCUACCUCAAUGCUUUGGCUUGGCUUGACUUUGACGAACUCGUUUUCUGUCUUCUUGGGACUGUCGUUCGUUGUAGGAGUAUUGACGGUCACGCCUCAACUCAUGUUUCCAUUGGUCGUUCAGUAUGCGCCGCGACGCCACCGCGCCACCAUGAUCUCCAUAGUCAUGUCUGGGAUUGUCUUUGGUAUGCUCAUCGCUCGUUUGUUGUCGGGCAUCGUUACACAGUACAGCUCAUGGCGCAGCGUAUACUGGAUGUCUUUCGGUUUGCAGGUGGCACUUCUAGGGCUUUUGUAUAUCUUCAUGCCUGACUAUCCCAUCCUCCGGCCCGACACCUCUUAUCCCCGAAGCCUGCUUACCAUCAUCAAGCUCCCAUUCAGGCAUCCAGUUCUCACCCAAUGCAGCUUUAUCGCAUUUUUUACGAUGGCAAUGUUUACAUCUUUCUGGACGACUCUGACCUUUCAGCUUGCUGGUCCGCCUUUCAACCUGACUACUCUGGCCAUUGGGCUCUUCGCCCUCAUUGGAAUUUCGCCAGUCUUUCUGAACCCUGUCAUAUCCCGGGUACUGACAUCGCGUCUACAUCCUAGCGGGACCUUGCUUAUCGGUGUCCUGGCUUCAUUGUUUUCAGUGAUCAUUGGUACGUUCACUGGUACGUUUUCUCUCGCUGGACCUAUAAUAUGGGCAUUCUUGGGUGACUUGGGAAUGAACACCAUCAUUGUGGCCAAUCGUAUGGCUUUCGCUGCGGUUGACCCAAAAGCUCAGAAUGCGGUCAACUCCGUUUACAUGGUUUUGACAUUCUGCGGUCAACUGUUUGGUACCGCUGUUGGGAACAAUCUUUAUGCUCAGGGAGGCUGGGUUCGUAGCGGUGGUUUCAGUAUUGGCAUGAUGGGUGCAGCAUUGCUCCUUGUACUAAUCAGAGGCCCUCAUGAAAAGGGAUGGAUUGGAUGGGGAGGAGGCUGGGACCUCACAGACAAGACAGUAGAAGAGAAGGCACAGGAACGCCCGGGUCAAGACCUCGAACCCAAUCUGCCUCAAUCUUCAACGGAAGACGAGAAGCCCAACCAUACAGCGAUGGGCGAAGGUUCUAGUGGAGAAUCAACUGCGCCUAAAGACCGUAGCUAG